AUCUACUUCCGUUGGUUUGACCCUGGUAUUUGUAAACCAAGGAGUUAGGUGAAUAAUAAUAAUACUCUAGUCUAGAUCUAGAUUCUAGAUUAUUAAUAAAACCAGACUCCAGAACAAGAAAAAUGCCUAAAUUAUGGGACCCUUGGAAAAUGUACGAUGUCUCUCCAGAAGAGUUGAAAGCUAUAAAAGAAAGAGCUAAAAUGCGACAGACGCUAAAAGCUGAAUGGAUAAAAAAGUCAACAAAUCCGUUUGCAUCGCCAGAGAGUGGAGGUUUUUUGUUUGACCCAGCUGUCCAGAGGUUCAUUUCCUUGAAAGCAACUCAAGCUGAGCGGUUUAAAGGAUCUUUCAAAUCUAUUGUUGCUGCUGUGGGUCUCUUUAUAGUACCUGUGGGUGUACUUUGUUAUGCUGCCAUUAAAAAUAGGGAUGAAAAAGAAAAGAUGUACAGAAAUGGUGAAGUGAUGUAUAAAGACAGAAAAGACAAAUUUUUCUACUAGACAAAGUGCUUUUUGUUGAAGAUAAUGUCAAACUGUUUGAACUUUAUCUCAAUGGAUCAUUCAAAGAAGUCUAUUGACUUGUGACUUUUUUUUUUUUUGUAGAAUUGUUCAGAUUUCUAACAGUGGUUAUAAAGUAGAAAAUUUCUGAAUGGCUAUAGACUAUUAUUUAUAUGUGAAUGAUCCUGUGACAAGUUUGUAAUUACCUGGUAUAUUAAACAUGAUUUAUUAUUACAUAGUU